UGAUCAUAACUUCUCGGUUUAUUGAUUUUUUUUUUUAAAACCUUCUCGGUUUAUCUCAACAACAAAGAAACUUCUCGAUUUAUCUCAACCAACCCACCGCGCCCGUGCUCCCAUCACCUGACAGGCGGGCCCUGCCAGCCGAGCGCGCCCCCCAAAGCUUCAAACAUAACCGCCGCCACCGCCGCCCAACAGCCCACGGUAGUUUCUAGAAACCCCGGCCGGAGACGAGCGGGAGAGAGGAGAGGGAGGAAAUCCAGCGCGCCGGCCGCCGUGGGCUCCCAGGCUCGCGCACAUGGCGAACGGGACCGGGUCUCUGGGUCUCGGCGUCGAGGACGGCCUCGGGGAGACCUCGUCCCCGCUCCCCUCCGCCGCGCCCGUCGACGAGGUCCCCGGCGCGACCGCGUUCCCGCUUCCCCCCGCCGCGCCCGUCGACGAGGUCCCCGGCGCGACCGCGUUCCCGCUUCCCCCCGCCGCGCCCGUCGACGAGGUCCCCGGCGCGACCGCGUUCCCGCUUCCCUCCGCCGCGCCCGUCGACGAGGGCCUCGGCGCGACCGCGGCUCCGCUUCGCUCUGCCGCGCCCGCGUCUCCGCUUCGCCCCGCCGCGCCCGCGCCCGCGCCGGGUGUGCCGCCCACACCCGAUGGGAGCGCCGGCCGCCAUGGGCUCCCAGGGUCGCGCACGGACAGCGUGGCGAACGGGGGGGAUUCUGGAUCCCAAGCUCGGGGUGUCGGCGUCUUCGAGGGCCUCGGCGCGACCUCCUCGCCACCUCGCUUGGCCGCGCCCCCGUCGCGUGUGCCCCUCGCGCCCGAUGCGAGCGGCCGCGGCGCGGGAGGAGGCGUCCGCGACAUCUGCAAUGAGUUCGUGGAGCGGCUCGUCGCCGGUGGCCUCCUGGACCCGGGGGCGAUCGACGUUCGGCUCCGCACCUUGCUCGAGGAGCAUUUUGUCAGGUUUCUUGAGGAGAGCGUGGCUAACGGGGGAGAUUCUGUGCCCGGAGCUCAGGGUGUCGGCGUCUCCAAGGGCCUCGGCGCGACCUCCUCGCCACCUCGCUCGGCCGCACCCCCGUCGCAUGUGCCCCUCGCGCCUGAUGCGAGCGGCCGCGGCGCGGGAGGAGGCGUCCGCGACAGCUGCAAUGAGGUCGUGGAGCGGCUCGUCGCCGGUGGCCGCCUGGACCCGGGGGCAAUCGACGUUCAGCUCCGCACCUUGCUCGAGGAGCAUUUUGUCAGGUUUCUUGAGGAGAGGUGCGUUCUUGUUUUUCAGAGAAGCUGUGCUCAUUCUGAUUUCAGAAUGGAGAUUGUGAAAGGCUAUAACUACCAUAACAUAGAUGUUUGCCUGAUAGGAGGACUCGUUCAAGCCAAACAAGAAGACGUGGUAGCAUUAGGAGACUUCAGAAUAUCAAGACGAGGAAACGAUCUGAGAAGCUCAAAGAAGAGAAGAUGAUGGAAUCAUUCAAGGCAAUCUUGUCGGAUUCAAUCUCAUUUCUGUUUCCAACAAUGGUGGCAGUAUUCGCAAGCAACUUCUCUUUCGGAGAAUACGAGAAAUGCUUACUGAUCUUGUUGUGUGCUCUUGGGGGGCUCCUCAUUCUGCUUGCAAUGGUGCUGUCCCAUGGGGUUGAUGAUGGACAAGGAAGGACGGUUGUCGUGUCCCAUCUCACGUUGGGGGCUGUUAUAUACAUAUUUGGUAUGCUUGUGUACUGUCUCUACAAGUUCUUUCCUGAAGGGUCUGGCCAGGUCAUGGCCUUGUACGGUGGUGUUGCUCAUUUUGUCUUUGGAGCAGUAGUGCUUACAAUUCUAUGGGCGACUUCGUUCAAGCUUAGUUCGUGAA